ACAAAAAAUUAAAAAAAACACCAAAUCUUGAAAUCUUGAUGGAGGUUGCUGUCUGGAAGUUUCCUCCAGGAUUCCAUGUUAAUAUUUUGGAAUAUUUUUCCAGGCUAACAGACUGUGGUUUGUGGAUAUUCUUCCAGGUUUCCAGGCUGAUGUUUUAGAUUAUUCUUUAAGGUUUUCAGGUCAAUGUUUUGGAAUAUUUUUCCAUGUUUCCAGGCUGUUGUUGGUGGAUUUUUCUGGUGUUAAAUACUGAUGUUAAUCUCAGCGUUAAAGGUGCUGCAGGAUCCAGGUGACAACAGGAGCAGCUUCAUCGUCCGCCCCAACGCCGCCAACACCACGGCUGACAGGGAGUUUGGCGUGGAGGGCGUGGCCGACCCGCGGCGCUCGCUGACCCAGCUGGAGGUCAGAGGUCAGAGGGCGGAGCCGGGCUGGAGCACUCAGCCGAGUCCGGACUCGGCGUGCUCGGAGGGCUCAGCGGGAAGUGUGGAGCAGCAGCAGGACGGCGACACCGACUCUCUGAGUCAGGGCAGCUCGGCGGGAAGUCUGGGCCCCGACGAUGACGACGACGACACGAACUCUCUGAAGAACCACUUUGACACUUUGGCCUCCAGUCUGACCGACGAGAAGUUUGACACUGACCUGAGGACUCUGCAGCCUGCCGACGACAAACACUACCUGAACCCUCGGCUCAGCAUCUCCACCCGCUUCCUGUCCCGCUUCCAGGACAGAAUCAGGGCGUGGCCGAGCCGGGCGCCGCCUCCGGUCUCAAUCCCGACCAGGAUCUCAGAGGAGAGUGACGUCAGCAGCACAUCGGUAAACUCCGAGUUGAGCAGCGACGUCGCCUCGACACAGUCGACUCAGAAAGAACACAGCAGCAGCGGUUUCAUAGAAAGAGCAGGAGCUCUGGGACGCCUCCCUGAGGGACUCCACAAGUUUUUAAAGGCUGCAGUGUUUGUUCACAGUGAGACGCAACCAGUCGCUCCUUCGUCGUAGAGCUUCCUGCAUGAUUUCCCAUCAGCCCCUGCGCCGCCCAGCCCGCCGACGACACACGGUGGUCGUCGUCCA